CGAACAACCCGAGGAAGAGUCCCGCAAGAGAAGAGGCACUGCACACACACGGAGGAAGAGUGUGUUCGAGGGAGGGGAACCCUUGUGACUUUCUUCUGAGUUUGGAUUCAGAGGUUGGUGCCUGUUUUGUGUCGAGGAGACAGGUAGACGGGUUAAAAAAGUUAAAAAAAAAAAAAAAAAAAAACAGGUGAAGAAACAGGUAGACAGGUAGAUUAACAAAAAGGUACAGAAGUAGACGACCAGCCUCCUUUCUGGAACCCUAAACCAAGACCACCAUGGGUUCGGACGUGCGUGACCUGAACUCCCUGCUGCCCGCGGUCCAAGCAGGCCCCAGCCCCGGCUGCCCGGCCCUGCCCGUCAGCACCGCCCCGCAGUGGGCCCCCGUGCUGGACUUCCACACUGCGUCGCCGUACUCGUCCCUGGCACCCCCCCACCACGCCUCCCUGGGACCCCACUCCUUCAUCAAGCAGGAGCCAAGCUGGGGGGCCCCGGGUGACCCGCACCACCACGAGGCUGACCCCCACUGCGGCCUCAGCGCCUUCACCGUUCACUUCUCGGGACAGUUCACGGGCACGGGGGCCUGCAGGUAUGGGGCGGCGUUCGGGGCUCCUCCAACGCACCCGGCACCCCCUGUGCCGCCUGCCCCGCCGGCCCCGCCCUCGGCACCUUCCGUCAGCCAGCCGCCCUCCGUGGCCAACCCCCACCACCACCACCACCACCACCAACCCCCCGCCAGGAUGUUCAGCAACCCGCCCUACCUGACCAACUGCAUGGACACCCAGCCCGCAGCCAGGAGCCAGACAGCAUCUCCAAUCAACAUUAAAGACAUCUCUGUGCUGCCUGACUGGAUGAAAAGUUACAGCGCCAUGGCGUUCGACGGGGCUGGGAACUACACUCACCCCCCUGCACACCACAGCUCCCAGUUCUCCAACCACUCGUUCAAACACGAGGACACACUGGCCCAGCAGAGCACCAUGGCAGCAGAGCAGCAGUAUGCCGUUCCUCCUCCAGUCUAUGGAUGUCAUACACCUUCAGACAGCUGUACAGGCAGCCAAGCUCUGCUACUGAGAAACCCUUACAACAGCGGUGACAAUUUAUAUCAAAUGGCCUCUCAGUUGGAGUGUGUGGCCUGGAAUCCGGUCAAUACGCUGGCAUCCACCAUCAAGAGCCAUGCAGCGAGCUACGAGAGCGACCCCAGCACGCCCAUGGUGUACAGCUGCAGCACACAGUACCGCAUACACACACAUGGAGUCUUCAGGGGCAUACAGGACGUGCGGCGGGUGCCCAGCAUCGCCCCGGCCAUCAUGCGGUCAGAGACGAGCGAGAAGCGGCCGUUCAUGUGCGCCUACCCAGGAUGCAACAAGCGCUACUUCAAGCUGUCUCACCUGCAGAUGCACAGCCGCAAACACACAGGGGAGAAGCCGUACCAGUGUGACUUCACAGACUGCGGCCGGAGGUUUUCUCGCUCCGACCAGCUGAAGCGGCACCAGAGGAGGCACACAGGAGUUAAACCCUUCGAAUGCGAGACGUGUCAGAGAAAGUUCUCUCGGUCUGACCACCUUAAGACACACACCCGGACUCAUACAGGUAAAACAAGCGAGAAGCCGUUUAACUGCCGGUGGCCGAACUGCCAGAAGAAGUUCGCCAGGUCCGACGAGUUGGUGCGACACCACAACAUGCACCAGAGGAACCUCACCAAGCUCCAGCUGGCCAUCUGACGCUGCCCCGCCUUUCAAAUGUAGACAUUUGGUUCAAAACUCUGAUUUUUGGGUAAAUCCAAACUUGGUGUCACCCCCUUCCACCCUGGACAGCUACCUUUAGGGUUUCAAGGGAGUCCAAACGGGUCCCCAGAGAAAUCCAGAGUAGUUGGAUUUCCCUGUUAUUUUACGUGGUUGUUACCGCAGCAUGCUCAGCCAAAACACCCAUCCGCCUCCAAGCCGUGGAAAGGUCUGUCAUCUCUGGACUUCUCGGUUUAAACUUGCAGAAAUUUCCCCUCUAGUUUUGAAUCAUCACACACACAGAAGUGGAUCGAGCCAGACUUCUCCUCAGUGUCUCGUAGAAACACUGAGGAGUCCAGGAAGCAGCGCCACCUAGCAGCAGCCUCUCACAGCAGCCUGCAAAAAAAAAACUGCAAAGGCUGCGGCACUCAGGCAGGCCUUCUCUUUACCCGUACAAACACCGCUGCUCCGUGAAAAAAUACACAUAACGAACAGAUGUGGUGCAAAGUGACUGAGAUCUCCUGGAUUGAUUUUUUUUUUUAAGGUGUAAAAUGAACACUGGUGUUGAAUGCCUUGUGCAUCAAGAGGAAGAAUAUCAGACCGAGACGCUGACAUCGUAAAGUGAUGUUAAACUAAAAUAUGUCAUUUUUCAUCAACAUGUGCCUAUCGUCAUCAUCAAACUGUGAGAACCUAGAGCCCUUUUUCUGCAGCGAGCGGCCGAUCCGUUGAUUUCUCCCGAGUCAGACAAGUGGUUUUUACUGCUCCCGCCUCCAUUUGACUGACUCGUGUGUUCUGCCUGCUAUUCAUGUCAAAAUUGCCGCUGUGAAAAAGGUGCAUUGUACCAAUCUAAUGUCAUAUUGGAUGAAAUGAGGGCUGGCAAAGUCUACAAGUGUCCAAAGUGUGUGUUUUUCUCAUGCGGCACGGCAGUACAGUGUUGUUACCCUGCGAUGGGAGCUACAGCCCACCUCGUCCUGCUAGAAUGGAUCACUGUAGAAAAUGCAGCCCUGAAAAGUCCAUGUUUUUAACUGGGUUUCCCGUCACUUUUAUAAUAAUGUGAUGUUUUAUCGAUACCCGUGGGGAAUCCGCCUCUCCUCUCCUUCCCUGUACAGGAGGUCAAAGGUCUGGGCUUCUCCACCGGGUGCUGGAUCGUACAAAACGCCGAGCAGCUCGCCGUCUUUAGCAGUCCUGUGUUUGAUGAGGAAACACACACAAAUCGCUUCUCUUAUAGCUGUUGUAAAUAUGUCCGAGUUGAACUACUUUUAUGAGUGUGUAGCACUUAUUUAUUAUCUUUUUUUUUUUUUUUGUGAACAAAAAACUUUGUCACUGGAAUAAUUUGGGGGUAAGCGGUGUCUGUGAGUGCAGCAGUGUGAGUUUCUUAUUGCCAUGUUCAUGUACAAAUCUGUUUGCCUCUUCUUAUUCUUGUUAUAGUCCCGCCAUAAAAAUUAAUGCUGGCUUUUAUUUAAAAAAAAAAAAAAAGAGAUUAUGUGAGCAGUUUUCAUCAGAUGUAGUAUGCACAGUUUGCAGUGCAACGCUUUGGUGUUUUCUCUGGUCAGCAGAACAAAAUAUGCUGCAAACACGAUCCGCCUUUUGGGUUCAAUUGAAAAAAAAAAAAAAAAAGCUGAUACAAAUGUCUU